CGGAGACAGACAGACACACACUCACGGACCAUAAACACAGGGAAGCGCAAACAUGAACGCUGCUCCUCCCGCAGGAAGUGCUCUGGCCACGCCCGCCAGCACUGCCGGACCCACCACGCCCAAGAAAGGGCCGCCCAAAUUCAAGCAGAGACAGACACGCACCUUCAAGAGCAAGGCCCCCAAGCCCGGGCAGAAAGGGUUUGGUGAUGAUAUUCCUGGUAUGGAGGGUCUCGGCACAGACAUCACUGUGGUGUGCCCAUGGGAAGCGUUUGGAGACAUGGAGCUCAGCGAUCUGGCCAAAUACGGCAUUAUCUAAGCCCCGCCUCCUUCAGCCCCACCCCUCUCAUCCCGUGGCCCCACCCUUUUGCUCAAUGUUGUCGUGAGGUUAUGAUGUAUGAUG